CCGAAAACGGCACGCAGGGAUCUUUGAUUAAAACUGUGAGAAGUUUAUUGAUUUAUUUUUUUUAAUACAAAACACUUGUUAACGAAAAGCAUACUUUUAUUUUACAUAAUUACAUGUGCCAAUCCAAAUACGCAUUCAGAGAAGACGAGAGGACGGCUAUAAAUUUAACCUAUAAGUUACUUUUGUGAUUUAGAACUUCGAUAGUGGUAGUUGUGGGGAAGGUUGUGCGGAAAGCCGUACAUGACCUUGGCCGAGCAACAGUUAACUGGUCAACGUUACUGGUUUAUCUUUGUGGGGCAUCUUUUACUUAUCUUUAUGGUUGUGAAAAAAAGUGGCGUGGCACAACAGGCGACCUGGAACCUGUGAUGUUUGUUCAUGUGUUUCUCGGCGUGGUGCAUGAACUUUCACCAGAUUUCACCAGAGCCGCGGCGGUGAAACUCACUGGCGAGAGGAGGACUGUUUUACUUUUAUCAUGUAGGCGAACUUCUCACCCAGCGUGCUUUAUUAGUUCACAUAUCCGUGGAAGCAGAACUGAACCGAUAGCAUGACUCGCCUUAGGUUACUUAACGUUAGUUUGACUUAAGUCAGUCGCGCUGGCACGAUUAGUUAGCAGAGCUUUCACUUACACUGUUAACCAAGCGGACUCUCAUAACCUCAGCUAGCCUGACAGUUUUGCUAAAAUGGAAUCCUUCAUCAAAUUCUCCAACCAGAGCCAAGGAAGGGACCGUAUUUUCAGGGCAACACAGUAUGCAUGCGCUUUGGCAAAGUAUCUGCUUCGCAAUGAUCCGGCAAGAAAAGCGCUGCUGGUGAAGCUGCGGAGUUUGGAGUCGAACAUGAGCUCUGGACGGAAGCUUUUCAGGCUUGGCAAUACUGUGAACUCCAUCGAUGCGGCCAAGAGAACUCUUUACCUGUCUGACCCUGUGCUGCGUCUUUGCCUCACUGUGGCCAACGUCAGCCGUGCCCUUUAUUUCAUUUGUGACAAUGUUCUCUGGGCCAAAAAUAUUGGCCUCAUCAAAGGUAUUGAUAAGGAUCGUUGGAGCUUGAAUGCAAGCAGAUAUUACUUUGUGUCCUUACUGAUGAACCUUGCCAGAGAUGCUUAUGUGAUGGCUCAGCUCAUGGUGCAAAAAUCUCGGGAAAGGCAAUUUCAGCAGAAGGUCAACCAGCACCUAAAUGACAGUCCAGAUGUGGCUUGUGUCAUUAUUCCCCAGCUUGAUGCCUUUCUGUUUCUAUUCAUCGAGAGUCUCAGAAGUCACCCAGCUGUCGCUCUCGACAUGCUCAAGAAUGCGUGUGAUCUUUUCAUUCCACUUGACAAGCUGGGAAUUUAUCAGACAAAUGCAGGGAUCGUGGGGAUGUGUGGACUUGUCUCUUCCCUUAUAGGGAUACUGUCAGUCCUGAAGCCCAAUCUGAAAAUAAAGCCCUAAGGUGAGAAGGGGAAAAAAAGUUUUAAGCUCCAGUCAGGAACGUUUUUUUUUCUCAGAUAAAUUACAUGUGAAUUGGUUGUCAAGUUACUUCAGUUAAUGCAAAUAACGUGGAUGGACCAUGAUAAAUCUGGAUAUUAUAAUCACAAAUAAUAUUGGGUGAAUAAUAAACGCUUGCUUGGUUCAGAGAGUCAAAUAGCUAGAGGGUAUGUCUAAUACAGAAAAUGAUAAAUGUGCUCCCUGGCUGUUUAGAAUAAACACACAAAGAUGAUUUGGAUUUCAUAAGAAGAUCCUCUAUCAAAAACAUAAUCUCAGUUCAGAAGUUACCUUAUUUCAUUCACAUUGUUGGAAACUUUUCUCCAAGUCAAACAUGGCUGAUGCUUCUUCUUCUGGCCCUCAGUUCCCCACCCGAGCUCAAGGGCAGGAAGCCAAGUAGUUAGUAGAGUAAUAAAUAAAUAAAUGAAAACACUUUGUGUUAAGAUUCCUCUCAAUUAGCCAGUAUGGCAACAGCAUAAUAAAAGAUCAGACUUUUCCUGACUGGGGCUUUUAAAAGGGUCUGAAAUUUUCAGCCAUUAGUCAUACACUGAGAGAGACUUAUAACUGAUACUAAACAACAGAAUACUGGGUUUCUGGACAGCCUAAGGUCCUAGAUUAAAAUAGUUUGAAAAGAGUUUUUUUGUUUUUAAGAAUGAGAGGCUACAUAGAUAUACACAAGCCUACUCUAAAUCCUGAAAUGUAUGUGUGCUUGGGUUUAAAGUUGUACUAGGGACUUGAAUUGAAAUGUGAAUUUAGUGCAUUUUCACAGUGGAAUUGUGGAGAGACAGUCAGCUUUGAACUAUGAGGGAAGAAAAUCACUUUGUAGCAUCUAAAAAUCAAGGUUAGCAUCAGCUUCUGGUGUCAUAUAGCGAAACUGGAUAUUGUGAAAGGGAAUGGAAUCAGUCCAAGUGCAUAAACAAACAUUUCAGUAUAUCUGAGAUAUUGCUAGUUGACCAAGACACUGUAUUGUUGAUAUUCUUUGUAUCAUUUUCUUUAUCUAUACUGCCUUUUAAAGAGCACCUUGGGAGAAAAAUGCAUAUUUUAAAUGGGAUCUUUGUAAUUAAUCUUUGAUACUGUUAUGGUACUAAUAGAUUGCAAAUUGUAUCCAGUGAUUUUGAGACCUGCAAUAAUAAUUAUUCCCUCUGAUUUGAUUCCAGGUAACAGGUGUUCACUCUUUGCUGAAAUAUUUGAUUUGCACAGUCUGCUGACUUUAUAUGUAUCUGAUUAUUUUAGUUACCUUUUAUUGAGGAACAUCAGUGGCACCAUAAUGUCCUACCUCUUCCUAAUUCCUGAAUCCUGUUUACCAGUUCUUUUUUACAGACGAAAUGCUGUUAAUACUAAGUCUGUGUUUUAAAGUAUUUCUUUUUUCCUCAGAUGAAUUGAGUGAGAUAACCAUCUGCUGUGGCCAUUUUUAUUUCAAUUUAAUGCAGCUUCAUUGGAUACAUUUCUGUGCAGAUUAUUCUGAACAGAUGAGCCUUAUAUAGACUGUUAUGAUGCACAGUUGCAAAUAAAGUUCCAUAUUUUUAAUUUUAAA